UGUCACUUCCUGUUUAAACUGACAAGCUAGCAGAAAAACCGAAAGUAAGACGCGUUGGAAACAGAAUCUUUAGCAUGUCCGACCGACUCUCUUGAUUUUGUUUCUACAUUACGAUUUUAUGUCAUUUGGAUGUAAAUAUAGAGAAUAUGGACCUAAAUACGUUUCACAAGAUUGAUGAGGAGCUGACAAGUAAUGAAGUGGCCCAGCUGAAGUUUCUGUGCAUGGACCUAAUUCCCAAGAAACGUUUGGAUACAGUGACUGAUGCCAAAGAUCUAUUCCUGAGAAUGGAAGAACAAGCACUACUUGAUGAUGAGUUACUCGUCCCCGAGCUUCUGGUCACAAUUGGCCGCUUUGACUUGCUUGGCAUCCUGGGAAUGUCCAAAGAAGAUGUGCAAAGGAAACUGCUACAGUGUGACAGGUCUAGGAUAGGUGUCUCAGCCUACAGAAAAAUGCUAUUUGGAAUAUCUGAGCAGAUGACAGCAGAAAACCUUCGUUCAGUGAAGUUCCUUGUAGACCUUCCGAGGUCAAAAUUAGGAACGUCUUCUACACUUCUAGAUGUUAUGAUUGAGAUGGAAAAGCUACAGAGGCUUGGGGAAGACAACCUGGAUGAACUUUACAGUGUUUUAGACAAAUGUGACAAACAGAUGGCCUGCAGGAUCGAGGAGUACAGGACCCGGGAACAAGGAGGCAGACUUCCUCUACGCGAAGUGUUUGGCAGUGCACAAGUUUCCUUACCUGUUGAAAGUAGGCAAAGAUAUCAAAUGGAGACAGGAACUGGAUUGAGAGAAUCACUUUUUACAGACGCAGAACCUGAACCAACACAGGAGGCAUAUUAUAAUAUGACUCGGCGGCCUCUUGGAUAUUGUCUAAUCAUCAACAACGACAACUUUAAAGAAAAGUCCUCACUGAACAACCGAACAGGAACAUAUAAGGACAGAGAUGACCUUAUCAGAAUGUUUCGCAGAAUGCAUUUUGUGGUUGAGGUUCAGGAUGAUCUGACCGCUUCAGAAAUGAAGGAACUGAUUAAGGAAUUUGCGAAAAAGGAUCAUAGUCAAAUGGGUGCUUUUGUCUGCUGUGUCCUCUCGCAUGGACAGAAGGGCGCUGUUUUGGGCGUGGAUGCUCAAGGAGUUGAAAUCCGUGAAAUCACAAAGCCUUUUGGUGAAUGCCAUACACUAGCAUCCAAGCCCAAGCUUUUCUUCAUUCAAGCCUGCCAAGGAAGUAAGGGCCAGAAUGGUGUAUGGGCAGAGGAUUCAGCGGAAAAUGCUACAGAAGAAGAGUAUGAGGGAGAUGCUUAUAAUCCAGCAUACCGCUUUAUUCCAAUAGAAGCGGAUAUGCUAAUUGGAAUGGCCACAGUGGAGCACUACCAGGCCUUCCGCCACACUAUAAAUGGGUCUAUCUAUAUCCAGGAGCUCUGUAAACAGUUGGAGAAUCUGUGCCCCAGAGGAGAGGAUAUCUUGUCCAUCCUGACAAAGGUAAACCAUGAAGUGAGCUUGAAAAGGUUGAAGGUCUUCAAGCAGAUGCCUGAACCUCGAUAUACCCUCACCAAGAAGCUGGUUCUGCCCAUGGACUAAAGAUCUGAUUGACUCCUGUCGACUGGAUCCAUGCUAAAGAUGCUUACGUUUACAUUUCUUAGACUAUUAAUUCGUCAGGAAAGACACUUUGGUGUUAUAGAUUCAAAAUGUUCUGGCUGUCUCUGUGAGUCUGAUUUAAAUUAUUAAAUAAGAAUAUGUGUUGAAUUUACAGAAACGUUUUUGGGUGAUCUUGCUUAAACAUUGCAUUUUAAAAGUAAUAAAGCAUUUAUAUUUGAUACUUGGAACAAAUAUUUUUAAACUUAUGUUAAGUUUGAUCAUUUUAUAUCAGCAGUCUAAAUGAUUUAGUUUUAAAUGCUGUUUAUAAAUGCAUAUUUUUGCCAUUCAUGUCUUCCUCUGCAAUGUGAAUGAACUAAAAACCCAGAGAUUUUGAACUCUUUAAAGACUGUAUUCAAUAGGAUAUCAUUGAUGUUAGAAAUUAGUGAAAUUAAACAUCAAACAUUCUUAAAA